AUGAAACUGUUAGUUAUCCUCAGCUCACUUUAUACCUUAGCUAACUUUCAAUUAUCCAGAUCCAUAAACUGGUUCAAUAAAUACCCUAUACUUAGAUUAAACUUCGUUUUUUGGGUUAUUGUCCAUAACGUCGCAGAUGGUGCAUUCAAAAACCUUACAAACCUCGAUGAUAUUCUCACAAAAGAGCAGUAUUUACAGCAACCAUUCUUCAGGAUAGUUAUAUCAAAUAAGCCCGAUCCUAUUAAAAGCUUAACAUUCUCUUCUCUCAAACAUCACUUUACAAGUUUAACAAAACGAGAUGGUUUUAGAGAUAAGUUGCGCGUGUAUGGAAUCCGAGGCGGUAUGAUUAAUAGACUCGAUCGUCCGUUACAUUCCCUAUAA